AUGAAAGAUUUGGGUGCUCUUCGAUAUUUUUUGGGGAUUGAAGUAGCUCGUUCUCCUAGAGGUUAUCUUCUUUCCCAAUCUAAGUAUAUUAGCACCAUCCUUGAACAAGCUCGUCUCUCUGAUUCUCGAACAACUGCUACUCCUCUUGAGCUCAAUGUUCAUUAUACCUCUUCUGAUGGUGUUCCAUUAUCUGAUCUCACCUUGUAUCGUACACUUGUUGGCAGCCUGGUAUAUCUUACCAUCACUAAACCUGAUAUUGCUUAUGUUGUGCAUGUUGUUAGUCAAUUUGUUGCUUCUCCUACUACAGUUCAUUGGGCAACUGUUCUUCGCAUUCUUUGUUAUCUUCGGAGCACUCAAUUUCAGAGUAUUCUCUUUCCUACAUCUUAUUUCUUGGAAUUACGUGCCUACUCAGAUGUUGAUUGGGGUUGUGAUUUCACCAGUCGCAAGUCUACCACAAGAUUUUAUAUUUUUCUAGGAGAUUCUCUUAUUUCUUGGAAGAGUAAGAAGCAAGCAGUUGUCUCUCGCUCUUCUACCGAAGCUGAGUAUCGUGCCAUGACAUCCACCACUGCAAAAAUUAUUUGGUUGUGCUGA